AACGGUUAACGUCUCUCGCUCGCGCUCUCGGCCGUUGAUUUAAAUGUCUGGCCGGGGGGCGUGUUCACGGAGUAACAGCGCCCCCUGCGGCCGCGGCAGGCAACAGUCACCCGGGUCAGAUGAUCGCAGUUACAUUGUAAAUAGACCGCAGAGAUCCUCCGUGGCCAUGCCUUCAUAGCCCUCCAACAGAGCCAGAUAUUUCCAGUCGGAGACGCCCUAAUCUUCGCACACAGGUUCUCUCUCCGUCUUCGGCGUGUUAAAGUGUGGAUAAACUAUGUACCGGUCUCUGUACGCCUUCCGAUCCGCGGAGCCCAACUCGCUGCACUUCGCGGCCGGAGAGAGCUUCCUAAUCCUGGAGAGAAGCAACAAACACUGGUGGCUGGGGUCCCGCUGCAGCUCGGGGGAAACCGGCUACGUCCCAGCCUCAUACAUCGAGAAAAUACAGGCUCCAGAGCAGGAUGAGGUGCUGCAGUCUAUUGACAGAGCGAUCGAAGGGAUCCACAAUGUGGCCUUAAAGAAUGGAGGCAAAUACAAUCUGGAACAGAGAGACGUGUUACAGAAGCUGAUCCAUCACAGAAAGGAGACUCUUGCACGGCGAAGUUCCUCGUCCACCGGUCACAAACCAGGCCUCCCAUCUUCCAGCAGUGAAAUAUCUCUCAGUCAGACACCUCCUCCACCCAACGGCCUUAAACAAGACUAUGGACGGCAGGGGAGCCUGCCGUUAUCAGGAAGCAUGGACAAUAUGCAAGGAGAAUCGGGCUUUUACCAGGUGCCCCCUCAGGCUCGACGUGCGGCUCCGAUUACCCCACCUCCCCCUGAGAAACAGAGAAACAGCCGGCGUCCAGAGCCGGAGGUCCCCUCCAGAGUGUCCUCUCUCCCCGCGUCUCCUGCUCCCUCCCUCUCAAUCAGCACCACCUCUUUAGAGUCGGGCUCCUCCCACUCACUGGUCUCCUCUGAUGUCAGUUUGCCAAGUGUAUCCAGCACUCCCCCCCCUCCUGUGCCAUCCCGUGUGAAGCCCCCUGCGCCGCCUCCAGACGUGCUUCCCUCGGACUCCCCUCCUCAGCCAGCUCCUGUAAAGAAGAGCCCGGCUCCACAGCCUCCCCAGCCCACCCCUCCUCCGCAGCCCAGUGUGGAGGCGCAGCCGGAGACUGAAUGGCCAGUUGCCCCCCCGUCUGUCGCAGAAAGCCCUCCUGGCAGCCCCACUACCCCUGAGACAGUUCCCAUGACCAUUGGGGCUGAACUGAUCGAGCUGGUACGGAAGAACACAAGCUUGAGUUACGAGCUGUCACGGGUCGCUGUCGGCGUGGUGGUGGGCCAUCUGCAGAUGGCUUUACCUCAAGCCUCCGACGCUUUGGAACAAGUUCUCCUCUCGCUGGUGGAGAGCAAGGAUUUGAGUGCAGCGCUGCCUCAGGGUCAGGUGUGUCACGACGAACAGAGGCUGGAGGUGAUCUUCAGCGACCUCGCCCGACACCGGGAUGACUCCCAGCAGCGAAGCUGGGCGCUUCACGAAGACCACGCACUCAUCGCCUGCUACCUGGAGGAGCUGCUGAAGAUACUGACUGAUGCAGACCCAGAGGUGUCUAAGAGGAUGUGCAAGGUUAACCACUUUGAGAGCGUGCUGUCUCUGGUUUCAUAUUAUCAGAUGGAGCAUCGUGUGUCUUUGCGGCUGCUGCUGCUCAAAGUAUUCGGGGCGAUGUGCAGCCUGGACGCUUCUCUCAUCUCCACCCUGCUCAACUCCAUCCUCCCCAUGGAGCUGGCCAGGGACCUACAGACAGACACACAAGAACACCAGAAGAUGUGCUACACGGCUUUGGUACUCACUAUGAUCUUCUCAAUGGGCGAGCAGGUGCCAUAUCAUCAUUACGAACACUUGAAUGCUGACUUUGUUGAGUUUCUCUUGGGCGUGGUGGAGGACGGGCUUCCGUCUGACCCAACGGAGCAGCUGCCUGACAUCUUCUUGAACCUUGUGCUGGCCUUUAACCUGCAUCACACAGCACCCAGCAACAAUGUUAUCAUGCAGGAACUGAAGAAGAAAAAUGUCAAGAUCCUAUCAGAGAAAGUGUUGCUGCUCCUAAACAGAGGGGACGACCCUGUGUGUAUGUUCAAACACACCCCGCCGGCACCGCACUCGGUACUCAAGUUUCUGCAGGAUGUUUUCGCCAGCCGAGAGACCGCCGACAUCUUCUACCGCACUGACAUGAUGGUGAUGAUCGACAUCGCUGUUCGACAGAUAUCUGAUCUUUCACCUGGAGACAAGCUGAGGAUGGAGUAUCUCUCCCUCAUGCACUCCAUAAUACGCUCGACGGACUACCUGGAGCACCAGCACCGCCUGUCCGACCUGCAGGGGGCGCUGCAGAUGAUUCUCAGGGAGGAAGAGGAUCCAGGAGAGGAUGAAGGGAAUGCUACAGCAAAACAGAUGGAUAAGCUAAUUGUGCAGCAGAUCUACAAAGAGUUCCCACAGAUCAGUGAGAACCAGGACUAACCAUAUCAGUAUCAUGCUCGCACGCUGUAGUUUGCUCCCGUCUGCUGCAGGGAGGUACAAUAAAGCUUGAAAGAGGAAGAACUGAUGUAUUCUGUGCCAGCCUGUGACGAGAGAAACAGAUCCGUUUUGCCAGUGUUUUCUUGGACUCAUGGUCCAAAGCUCCAGCUUGCACAUAAUGUUGAUUUCAAAAAAAGGUUUUCACAGCUUUUCCAAUCUCAGAUGAACUUCAUUUGAAAAAAAGGAGUGGGAGGUUUUUCUUCUUUGGCGUUCAAGAAGAGAACAAACAUGACAAAUGUACAAAAAACCCUGUGCGAUUUAGUCAUACAUAGAGUUUUAAAAAUAGCCAAAUAUAGGCCAAACUUUGAAGCAAUAAUUACCUUGAAAAUCAUACAGGAACUAACUGUAUGUAUUCUUAGUGUUAUGAAAUUAAACAGCAACCAGAACUAAACUUUAUUCUGACCAAAAUAACAUUAAAUUCAUUAAUUUUAGAGCAUAUCAAACUAUUUUUAAUUAAUUUUUUUAAAAGUCAGAUUUGAAGUUGCGUUACAGAUAACAGUGCCAUUAUUUGAACCGUUGCUAAAAAUACUUUGAGCCUUUAUGUGCUUCCCUGUCAGUGGGACCAAACUACUGUGUGUUACUGAGAGCGUUAUUUUCUUUACGGAGUGUAGUACUCUUAAAACGACUUCCUCUCUCAUUCACCCGUUCGUUCAUUCUUAUUAAAUUAAAGACAAUUUGAACAAGUUUACUGUUCUAGUGGGAGGGAAAAAAAGCACACUCCGACUCACGUGUUAUCAUUACUAAGCUUUUAGGUGAGUAACUUUUGCUGCUAUGUAUCAAGUCUCUCCUGUGGCUCCGUCUGCAGUUUUCUCAGUCUGGUACUCUUCAAGAUAAUCACUCUCUGUACUUACAUAUGCAAAGCUCCUGAAGUAUCAAAAGUUACUGACUGUUUAACGUCAGCUGUCCCUAUGCUGCAUUCAAACAAUCUGUGCUGCAAUAAGGCUUAAUAGCAACCUGUAAUAUCGCUGUAAUUAUACUGAGUCUUGGCUGAUGUGCGGCUUCAUGGAGGGUAAACGUGUUCUGCACUUAUUGUCUGAGAUAAUACAUGCGUCAGUGUUGUUGAUCUCCAAUUAUUAUCUCAUGCUCAUAUUGAAAAUCAAGACAAGGGAGAGGAAAUACAGGGCAUUUCUUUUAUCUCCUCGUGGUUUUAAUACUUCUAACAGCGACAUGUACCUUUCCUUGUUUCUUACCCAUGAUGUAGUGAUUGAUGUUCUCCCAUCUUACACUUUGACUUAUCUGUUUGUGUCCCUGACUUCCCUGUUUCUGAGAAGGUAGACACAACCCAGAAGUGAUAUCCGUUUUUAGUUCAUGACCGAGUGUUCAUUCAUUCAUUGAUUAUUUGUGUGUUUGUUUACAGUGUGUGUGUGUGAGAGAGGUGAGUGCCUCUUCUUUCCAUGAUUAACAUCGUCUGCGGAAGUGCUACGACUGUGUUAUAAUAAUAAAACUAAUAAAGCUAUAUUUUAACAGUG